ACGCGCAGACGGCGUCGGGCGCUCCCAGGGGGCCGCGCGGCGGGGCGGGGGGCGGGCUCGUGGGCGGGGACAGAGGCGGAGCCUCCCCACGGGGAGGGGCGCGGGGUCCGCGCGCGCCGGCCAUGCCGCGCUCCCGCCGAGCCGCGCGGCGUGGUCCCGGCAGCGCCCGAGCGGGCUCGCCCGCCAGCGAGGAGGAAGCCGGCAGCGAGGUUCUGAGCCACUGCAGCAGCGCCAGCGAGGGGGCCAGCCCCGCCGAAGAGGGCGCAGGGAGCGAGGCAGCGUGUGAGCAGGGCCAGGAGGAGGAGGCAGAGGACAGGCUGAAGGAGCACAUGGACAGCCUGCUGGACAAGAGCGCCAAGACGCGGCAGGCGGCACUGCAGAGCCUGCGCCUGGCCUUCUCCUCCAAAACCCUCUCCGAGUUCCUGCUGGAGCGCCGCCUCACGCUCACCGACUCGCUGGAGAAGUGUCUCAAGAAAGGUAAAGGGGAGGAACAGGCACUGGCAGGAACUGUCCUCACGCUCCUCUGCCUCCAGAUGGGCUCUGGUCCAGAGGGGGAAGAGGUGUUUCGCAGCCUGAAGCCCCUGCUCGUCAGUGUCCUGACAGACCGCGUGGCCAGCCCUGGUGCACGGCAGAGCUGUGCCACGGCCCUGGGCAUGUGUUGCUACAUUGCUGCUGCUGACCUCGAGGACCUGAUCUCGUGCCUGUCCUGCUUGGAAGGCAUCUUCAGCCCUGCCAGCACAGGUGAGGGGAGCUCUGCACCCACCCAGCAUGGCCCUCUGCACUGCAGUGCGCUCCAGUCAUGGUCCCUGCUCCUCACCAUCUGUCCCCCCUCUCACAUUAAGAGCAUCGUGGACAAUCGCUGGCUGAAGCUGCCACCACUGCUGUCCAGCAGCAGCGUUGCUCUGCGCAUCUUGGCUGGGGAAACCAUCGCGCUGGUCUUUGAGCUGGCCCAGGACAUGGAGGAGGACUUGGGCCACCAAGAUACAGAGUUUCUACGUGCCCAGCUUAAGGUGCUGGCUACUGAGAGCAACAAGUACCGAGCCAAAACGGACCGACGGAAGCAGCGCUCCAUCUUCCGGGACAUCUUGCGCUUCAUUGAGACUGGGGAAUACCAGGAGGAGACCAUCCGAUUUGGCCUGGAGUGCAUGUACCUGGACAGCUGGGCACGCCAGCGGACCUACCAAGCCUUUAAAGAGGUGCUGGGCUCCGGCAUCCGCCACCACCUGCAGAACAAUGACCUCCUGCGGGAGAUCUUUGGCCUUGGGCCCCCCUUGGUGCUGGAUGCAGCUGCUCUGAAAGCCAGCAAGGUUUCACGCUUUGAGAAGCACCUCUACAACUCGGCUGCCUUCAAAGCCCGCACCAAAGCCCGGAGCCGGGUGCGGGACAAGCGGGCAGACGUGCUGUGACGGGUGGAGGGGGCACAGCCCCCGGCCCACGUGGACUGCAGACCCACCACUGUGAGGGGCAAGUGCCCCCAGCCCCCUCGGGCUUUUAUUCGUGUACAGCAGAGUAUUUAAUGCCUGGAGCUGCCCCGCUGGGGGCUGCCCCCUCUUUUAUUUUUUUAACCAAAAAAUAAGGAUAAAAGAAGAGCAGGGAGGAGGUGGUCGUGUGCUGCUGCGUGCCUGCUCUGCAGCUGGGGCUCCCUGGGGCAUGGCGGGAGGGGUCUCACAGGACUCCUGCAGCCCCUUUCGGCGGCAGGGCUCGUGUCCCCCCUCCCUCGUGCUGCGGGGCACUGGGGUGGCCUGGCACAGCCUGAAGGGCUGGGUGGGAGGGCAGAGCUGUGCAGGGCUGCGGGGCAGCUGGCCCUGGUGUCCUUGCCCGUGGCAGGAGUGCUCCCCCCGCCACGCUGGGCAUGCAGGGGUGUUGGCAGGGCAGCGCAAGGUGACAGGUACUGCCCAGCCCUACCAGCUACCCGCUCUGAGCCCUUUUCCAGCCAAAUGCUUUAUAUGAAAUUGUCCUCUUGUGGGGAAAUUAGUUAUGAGGGGGUGGCACACCAGAUGAGUCCUGGUGCUCCCCAUGCAGCCUCAGGGGCCACUGCCUGGGUGAGCAUGGGGCCACACUGGCCAGGAGUGCCUGUCACCCCAGGAAUGUACCUAUGGUGGUGAUUUUCUAAGACUUUGAUUACAGGAGGUAAUUAAAAGACUAAUUUGA